UAGAGACAGAGGCUCGGCAUUUCAGCACCACAGAGCGGACAGUGACCACUCGAGAGCUCGCUGAAAUCCAAGGACAAAACAGACAUAAACUGCGUGCUCGGAGUUUAUAGGCUAUACUGCAAUAUUAAAGUCGCUUCUUUAGCGUGUCUAAAAAUGAUGGCAUGCACGGAGAUUAUCACUAUGUGCCUUCAGUCAGCUAAGCAGCAGCACUUGUACUCCAAGCAAAAACAACAGCUCCUGGAAAAGAAUCCUGUUCAAGGAAUCUCGAUUUUUCAAGACAUAUUUCGCCGUGCUGACAAAAAUGACGAUGGGAAGCUCUCCUUCGACGAGUUCAAGACGUACUUUGCCGACGGUAUCCUCAGCACAGAGGAGCUGCAGGAGCUGUUCUACUCCAUAGAUAGGCACCAGACCAACAACCUGGACACAGACAAACUGUCAGAGUACUUCUCACAGCACCUGGGGGAGUAUCUGAAUGUCCUCUCAGCGUUAGAGAAGCUCAAUUUUGCGAUCCUGAAGGCCAUGGACAAAACUAAAGAGGAGUACCAGGGCGCCUCGGUUCUGGGCCAGUUUGUGACCCGCUUCCUGCUGCGUGAGACCUCUAGUCAGCUGCACUCCCUGCAGGUGUCGCUAGAAUGUGCCAUGGAGGCCGUAGAAGAGCAGAGCUGCCCAGGAAGGACAGAGGUGAAGAAACCCGAGGAUCUCUCUGUUCUGAGAAGCAACCGGCGGUGUGGGCGUAGGAUCCAGAAGAACCUGUGCCUGUCUCCGACUGACCCGUAUUCAGGCAUGCUCACUACCGGUGUCAGCGUGGAGCCGGACAACCACUGGAACUCCCAGAUCAACAGGCUACAGCAACUCAUCGACAAGCUGGAGUGUCAGAGUCCACGACUGGAGCCCCUCAGAGAGGAUACCCUGGCCAGCACUUACAAAUCUAACAUUCUGCUGGUCCAGAGACAGAUGAUGGUGAUGGAGAAAGACCUUGAUGAGUUCCAGCAGGCGCUGAAAAUGUACACUGAGGUCACCAUCAACCAGAGCGACAAUUUACACGUGUCCAUCCAGAAGCUUCCGGAGAAGUCCUGCUUCAUAAUGUAUGAGUUCUGGCAGGACCGCAUCUCCUGGAUGAGCUACCUGCAGUCCAACGCCAGUAAGACCUUCCAGCGCUGCAUCAUCGACGUGCUGGAGGAUCCGGAGAUGGUCUCCACCAUGCUGCUUCCAGCCUCCUGGUGGAUCAUGAAUAAUAACUGACAGCAAUAAGCCACAUGAUCUUCAUUGAGACCUAAGAGGAGAAAAAAGGAAUUCCGGCCAGCAUUACAUUGCUGUUAAAACAAGAUAUCAUACAUGUGCAACAGCAUUCAGGUCUACCUUGAUGUGUUUCAUAUGUGUUAAUAUGAAAAUAGAAAGUGUAAAUCAUCUAUGACUACAUGCACAUAUGCAUAUAAAAAUUGCCUGCUUGAUUUCAGACAAAUUGGGAAAAAAAGACAUACGCAAUUAAUCCCAGAUGAAAGUGUAUUCCAUUUGUGAAAUGCCAUUUUAAUGGGAUGAAUAGAUGACAUGAGUCACAUUAGCUUAGUUUCACAUGGAAUUAUCAUGCUAACAUUCUACAGAGAUUCAUGAUUUUGAUUGUUUUUGCCAAGCAUGAUUACACUGAGUGUUAGUACAGCUGAAUACCAUAUGUGGGGGGGAGGGGUCUGUAUUCUUUAAUCUGCACUUCUGUGGGACUAACAUUUGUGUAGUUUCACAUUGAUUUGUAAAUAACUAUAUAAUACAUAUAGACAAAAUCGUUGUUAAGUAUUCGCAUGAAUUAAACUACUUUUCGAAUGUUUGUGUUCCAACUAAGCAGCAUUAUAUAUUAGUUCUAUAUUGCACAUGAAAAUGGUCAGUUUUGCUUGAAACCUUCACAGUGUGCUUUCAAUAUUUCAUUUACCAGCAGCAUCAAAAUCCACAACUUGCAAAUGUAUAUUUUGAAACAGAAUCGUGUAGAUGGUUAUAAGAUAUGGAUAUCACAGAUACUGGCUCAAUACCAAGUAUAAUUCUGAACUCAGAAUCUGGUGCAUUCAUUUUCAUUAUGGCCAUUUCACAGCAUGGUUUUUUUUUUGCCACACCUCGAUGGAAAACUGUGAAUAAGCAGAAAAGAUGAUCAAGUGUAUAAUUUACCAGUAUUUCACCCUUUGUGCAAUGUAUGGGCUUGGUUAAACAAUUCAUUAUAGUAUCAAGUAUUACAACAGUAUUGUGCCCCUAUUUCAUUUUUAACUUCCUCAUUUUACAAACUGCAGGCGAAGCUGUUUACAGGCCUGAAAAGACUGUGGGACAGCAGUAUGUGAUAUUUACAUUUUAAAUUGAAGCCAGCACCCGUUGAGGAAAACCCCAAUUACUGUCUCUUCACAGCUCAUGAAAAUCCCAGACGUCCUCACACCUCCCCUUACAAAACGGCAUGGAUAAACACAGCUGUCUCCGAAUGCCUGCGCUGAAUAAUUGAUUGGAGCAUGGUGUGAAGACCGGUGACAUAUGGUAUCACCGGAGUCAUCCCCCUGUCACACGGCCACUUAGCUUACGUCAGUCCAGUGUCUCAUAGCUCCUGGAGGGAAAGGGUCUAUACUUAUUACCAAUGACUCCAGAGACAUAACGCCCUGGCGUCGAUGUCAUGUUCUUGUUAUGGUUAUGUUGUCGAUGAUCAAUGUCGUAGGUUGGUGUUCAGAUACAGGGAAGUGGUUCAAGCACCGCUUCACUCUCGGUUAUAGAACACGCCAGAUCGUUUUUGACGCCAGUAUCUGAUUUGUGCUGAUUCUGACUGAGGACUAAAACCGUUAUUUCUGGUGUGUCUUGGCGGGUUUGCUGUUGCCAUUUUUUCACUAAUUAAAUGCUGCCAGGAGCAAUUGUAGAGGAGAUAACACUUCCAAAGCUCACUGGUGCAGAGGGCUGAGGGCAUAUUUUAGGAGAAUUCUAAAAUUCUUAAGAUGAAUAUUCUAUACUGAGGAAAAUUCUUUACAGAACAAAGAUUGGAUCUUUGGAGACUGUGCUGUUCCAGAGGUUUCUCCUGAGUUUUUGUCUCUUCAUGGGUAUUGUGAAGUCAGAACCGAAAAUAACCACAGCCAGUUUAUGCACUUUAACGGAGAAGUGGAGAGAUUUUUGUUGCUUAACAGACACACUUAUCCAUAGUGAAAUCCAUACAUUAUGUUUUUAUCCACUGAAAGAGCUGACGCAAUUCUGGCUGAGCAUCUUGCUCAAAGGUAUGGGGAUACUUGGAAUUUUAACAUGUAACCUCCUGUUUAGGAGUUCUUUAUCCACUAUAGCCACACUACUGUAUUUUCCACAAAUUCCUCUUGAUUAGAACAGUGAAAAGUCACACAGCAUCCACAAUCCAGCAAAGGCAGAAAACAUUAGCAUCAGAAAUAGCUACUAAGUUAUGUGAGAUCAAAUAAUAAUGGUGCUAUGUGACUGUGCAUGUCUUUGGUACCAAUCUGCUGGACAGGGGGGGACAAUCUGUUUAUCAAAACCUCAGCACUACAAAAAUAUUAUUUCCUGAACACUGUUAGCUGUGUGUACACCUUAAAUUAUUUUACCAUGCCUAUAUAUGCAGAAAAAAUAGUGACAUUUUACAGUGACUGGUAUAACCACAAUUCUCCUUGAAAUUGGAAUUACAGAUAUUGCAAAUUGGUGCCUAUUAAUAAAAAAAGAAAAAAGGAGCCCUGCAAGAUGUUUUCUUUUCCCUGCAGUAGGUAAAGCCUGAACAGGGCAAGACACUGCUGGUGGAAACUGUCGUGUAACAUUUGCACAUACAGCCUGACAGAGAAAUGGCACAGUGCCAACUUUCCGAUUUCUGGUCAUUUUCUUUGUCCUUUUUGUUUUUGUUUCACUUCUUCAACCGUUAAAGGUGAACACUCCAAGCAUGCCCUGAACCAGCUGAGUGUUCUUGUUAUUCAGUGGUGUUCAAUUGAUAUGAGUUAUGUUUUUUUAAUUAAAAAAACAACAACAUUGAAAGAUUUAUGGAUGCCAUGUUCCGU